UUUGUUUCCGUUCGGAUGAUUGUUUGGUGGGACUCAUACGAGAAGACUUGAAGGUGUGUUUACUAUUGAAAUCUCUAUGUAGUAAGUUUAAAGAUGCAAGGUUUGACCCAUAUAGAGCGUAACGGCUGUAAAAAAAUGUUGGGUCUUUUGUCAAAAGGAGACAUAUUGUCCCUUACUGACACAGUCACCAAUAAGAUGAUUGCUGUGGAGAGUGUCAAAGAGGCUGUGGAGGCGAUUCUUUCAUACUCAAAUUGUGCCGAGGAACUGUUGAAACGAAAGAAGGUACACCGUGACGUCAUAUUCAAGUAUCUAGCAAAGGAAGGCGUCGUCAUACCAUCAAACAGCGAGAAACACCAGUUGAUCAAGAAAACAUUAGAGUUCUGGUCAAACGCUACAGUAAAAACUGAAAAGGUCGUUGUUAGUCAGAGCCCAGACACUGAAGCAGAGCAAAGGGUCUCAGUGACAGCUGAGGCUGCGGGGGAAGCUGUCUUUGAACCGUUAGCCUUGGCACGACAGUUCUGCCAAUGGUUCUACCAGCUCUUGAACAGCCAGAACCCCUCUCUGGGCCAGCCACCUCAAGACUGGGGUCCACAACACUUCUGGGAGGAUGUGAGGCUGUGCCUUCUCACCAGCAUCAAUGGGCAGCAGACGGAGGAGUUCCAUGGUUCUGAACUGGCCAGUCUGCGCCUGUUAGCCUUGGCCAGGGAUGAGAGGCUCCUCCUGAGCCCCAACCUGGAGCCCCAUGGCCUCAGGGCUCUGUCCUCCCCCCAUGGCCUGGUGCUGGUGGCUGUGGCUGGGACUAUCCACAGAGACAGAGCCUGCCUUGGAAUCUUUGAGCAGGUCUUUGGUCUCAUCCGCUCCCCUCUGGACAAAAACCAAUGGAAGAUUAAGUUUGUGAACUUGAAGAUCAGAGGACAGGACUCUCUGAGUGGGGCUGAGGAGCUAGUGUCUCCUGCUCUGACUUGUGACUCCAGUGAGCUUCAGCUCCUCUGUAGCUGAUGAGUGGGGGCUGAUCCUAGGAAGAACUGGGUUUAGAUGCUGUGGAGACUUUAAAAUGUAAAUAGUGCUCAUUGUACAUUAUGGAAAUUACUGUAGUUGUUCUCACUGAAGAGAAAAACAACACAAAGAGAAGUGAAGUUUCAUGAAGUUUGAAAUGUGUUCUCAUCAUUAAGGCUGUGGAUAACUAAGUUAUACUCUUUCCAAAUAAAAUAUUUUCAGAACAUUACCUUAAGUUACUCAGCCAAAUUGCCACUGUUGGUGAUGGUAUGUGCCUUAACUUAAAGUAUAUUACAAAACAGUAUGUGGACUGAAGUCACUUAAUGCUUUAGUGGUAAGAAAUUAAAUUCAUUGUAAAUAUGCUCAAUACUUAAAGCUGCAAUAACACUGCUGAUAACAUUACAAAAUAAAUUCAAAUAUGAGAAACAGCAUUCACAAUUCUUGUCUGAAUUUACGUGCUUUCUUUCAGCUUGAGUAGGAAUGACAGUGGUUUUCCAAAAUAAUCAAAGGAGGAAAGCCAGCCUCGCAUUAUUGCCUUAAAAGUAGCAUGAUGUUCCAAAAAAAUGUAGAUUGACAUUCCACUAGCACUGAGAUG